AUGAGCUCCUAUCGUCCACCAUUAUCCUUGACGGUGCUUGGAUCCGUGUUCAUUGGGCUUUUCGGAUGCAUCUCCCUUUUCAUUGCUCAAGAUAUCAUCAGGAGAAAGGGAUGGAAGACUAUGAUGGGAGUCAUGAUCCCAGUGUACAUUCUCAACGCUCUCUAUCUCGGACCGCUGACAAUCUGGACAUACUGGAAGUACGGGAGACCCGCCAAACCUACCGAAACCCACAACCAUAAUCAUCAGGCGGGUCAUAUCGACCAUAGUGCAAUGGACCAUGGGAUGAAUCACGGAAUGGACCACUCAGAAAUGGACCACUCGAAAAUGGAACAUGGGAUGAAUCAUGAUUCUAUGGACCACUCAAAGAUGACUCACAGCGAGGGACACUUGAGCCAUGCGCAAAUGCAUGGUGGAGGCAACCUUCCCAUCUUUGUGAUUGUCACAAUUGCAGUCUGUCACUGCGGAGCCGGAUGUCUACUUGGAGAUAUCGUCGGGGAGUGGAUAGUAUUUGGAACUGAUUAUGCUUUUGCUCUCAUCUUUGGUAUCGGUUUCCAGUAUUGGUCUAUCGCGCCAAUGUCUGGAGACUAUGGCUGGAACUCUGUCGUCCGCGCGGCAAAAGCCGAUUUUCUAUCCUUGACAUUUUUCGAAAUUGGACUCUUUGGAUGGAUGGCUAUCUUUCAACUCGCCAUCUUCCAAUCCAAAUUGGAGAUGGACAAUGUCGUAUAUUGGUGGAUGAUGCAGAUCGGAAUGUUCUUCGGGCAUUGGACGGCGUUUCCUAUCAAUUGGUGGCUGAUCAAAGCGGAUAUUAAAGAAGCACAGGUUUGA